AUGACUUCGGCGCACGACGAUACAACGGCCCUUGUGGCUACUGCUGAUAUAGCUGCCAUAUCAAUACCACCGCCGUUAGACGCUGCGUCCUCCUCCGCAAUCUCGCUUCCGACACCGCUGCUAAAUGAGGAGGAGAACACUUUGUCAGCUGCCACCACCCCCUCACCACCACCUUUCUCCUCAUAUAUUUCUUCGACUUCGGCCUCGACAAUGGCGAUGCGAACACUCCCUGCUGUUCCUCCGCCCGUCGAGACUGCCAUGCCCGGUGCGUUGGGCCAAGUGUUGGUUUUCGUUCUACAUACCAUCCCCAGUAUAUUAUUCUGGGUGAUCGGGUUUGCGACGAUAACGCUUCCGACGUGGUUGUUUACGUUGUUUUCGAUGAGUUUGACGUUCACCAUGAAUUUCACUACCCUAAUGAUCAUUUUCUUCGCCCUCAUGUCCACCGUGAUAUGGUUCAUUCGCUACCGCUACCUGACCAUGUACAGCCGUCUCCCCCCCGAACCGCAACGCAAAGAACCUCAAAUCGACCUAUUCCCCGAUACGCAAGAAGGAGAUUCGAAACCAGGGCUGGCGAAUUAUCUCGAUGAGUUUUUGAGUGCAAUUAAAGUUUUUGGAUACUUGGAGAGGCCUGUGUUUCAUGAAUUGACGCGGACGAUGCAGACCAGAAAAUUGAUGGCGGGGGAGACGCUGCUGUUGGAAGAAGAGAAGGGGUUUUGUUUGGUGGUUGAUGGACUCGUCCAAAUUUUUGUAAAAUCAAUUCGUGGGAAUGAGGCGGGGUCGAAUGCAAGUACGCCUGGCAUGGAGGAUACAGAUGACGAAGAUAUACAUCAGACGGAUGGGAAUCAGGGAUAUCAAUUGUUGACGGAGGUUAAGAAUGGGGCAUCCAUGUCGUCUCUGUUCUCGAUUUUGACGUUGUUUACGGAAGAUGUUCAUUUACGCCAGGGGAGCGAAGAUAGCGCACGGAACGUGUCUCAAAAAUCUCCUUUCCCGCCCUCGAUGCCGGGCAGUCCUGGAAGCUUUGCACGUGGACCUCAGCUAGGAUCUCCGCCUACACCGCAUACAGCGGAAGGUCUUGGAGUUGCACCAUUGCCUACGGUGCCACCCUUGGAUUUGGAGGAAUCAGCCGAACAGAGCAAGACCGGCACAAGUACUGCCGAGCAUUCGCCCAAGGUCCCGCCACCCACACAACCUCAAGGUCAUCGUCAGGCUCAUAAACCGAAAUCGGUACAUCCUGAUAUUGUGGCGCGGGCAAUGGUCGAUACUACUAUUGCAAUUAUCCCGGCAAGCGCAUUCCGUCGACUGACGAGAAUGUAUCCCCGAGCUACGGCACAUAUUGUCCAGGUCAUUCUCACGCGUUUACAGAGAGUCACGUUUUCGACUGCGCAUGCGUACCUGGGUCUGGAUACAGAAGUGCUCAGCAUUGACAGACAACUCCACAAAUUUACGGCCCAUGACUUGCCGAAUGAUCUGCGAGGCAGUGCUUUGGAACGGCUCAAAGAUAAGUUCAGACAGGAGCGAGAACGCCUCGGACCAAACGACGACUCCAAAGGAAUCGCUCUACAUAACCCCCAAGCGCACCGAAGACGUCGAUCAAGUAGUUCCUUGCUCAAAGAGGUCGCUCUACAGACCAAGAUUGCUGCUUCGAGAAGGCACUUGUCCAUGUCUAGUGAUAAUUAUUCGUCGUCUAAUGUGAAUCCUGGCGAUCUGUUGUCGACUAUUCAACUGAAUCGCUACGGAAACCGGUCUGAUGCUGGGCGUAGAUCGCCAUCUCAGAGCCAGGUUACGCCGUUUGCUGAGGCUGCUAGUCCUCUAGCUCAGGUUAACCAUUCGCCGUUUAGAGGUGUUCCUACGCAUAUGGCUACUUCGCCAUUCUUGCGGAGAGAAUCUCUCGAUGAGGAUGCCAUAUUUCGUGAAUCACUUGUUGAAUGUAUGAUGAAGGGUAUUGGGCUGACGUCGAGUACGCGCGAUGCUCUGCGAAAGGCGUACUCGGGCGAACAGUCGCCCAAACUUGUAUCAUAUGAUUCGCGAAGACAAAAAGCUGUGUUCAACAAUGCAUUUGGAUUUAUGGAUCCAUUCGAUGAUGCGGAUUCGGAGUCAAUGAUGUCGAUGUCUGUGACGAGUGCCGGCGGAACUUCUCCUGUUCACAACCUUCGAGAGGAACUACGAAGUGAAAUUGAGAUUGUCUCUUUCCCACAAGGAUCUGUCUUGGUAGAACAAGGCGAACGGAAUCCAGGUUUGUAUUAUGUGAUUGAUGGCUUUUUGGACGUCGGUGUCCCCAUCAGUGAUCGUGGAGAUGACCUCGUCGGUACAUCGAAGGGUUCUGAGGAGAGUUUCCCAACGCUGAAACGCACAACAACUAGCUCGUCGCGCAUACCUCACGUGGACCCAAAACGCCGGAAAUAUCCUCGUCGGUCCUUGUAUCUAAUCAAACCAGGUGGUAUGCAGGGAUAUGUGGGAUCCGUCGCGUCAUAUCGCUCGUUUACGGAUGUAGUGGCCAAGACAGAUGUUUACCUUGGGUUCCUGCCACGAGCGACCCUUGAGCGGAUUGCAGAGCGAUAUCCCAUCGUUUUGUUGACGCUGGCCAAACGAUUGACUAGUGUUUUGCCGCGGUUGAUUCUGCAUAUUGAUUUUGCCUUGGAAUGGGUACAAGUCACCGCUGGUCAGGUUAUUCAUCACCAAGGCGACGAUAGUGAUGCUAUUUAUAUUGUUCUUAAUGGUCGAUUGCGGUCCGUGCUUGAGGGUAAAGGAGGGAAGAUUAGGGUUCUGGGGGAGUAUGGUCAGGGCGAAAGCGUUGGUGAACUCGAGGUGAUGACGGAAUCCACCCGGCCAGCAACGCUCCAUGCCAUUCGUGACACAGAACUAGCAAAAUUCCCGCGGUCGUUGUUCAAUAGUCUUGCUCAGGAACACCCCGGUAUUACGAUUCAGAUUUCGAAACUGAUUGCGCAGCGGAUGAGGGAUCUUAUCUACAAUCCUUUGUUGACUGAACCGUCUUAUGUCCCUCGUGAUAUUAGUACGGCGAAUACGGCUACGUCGACAGUGAAUAUGCGUACCGUGGCUAUUCUGCCGGUGACCGUGGGUGUCCCGGUGGUCGAAUUCGGCAAUCGGUUGAUGAAUGCAUUCACUCAGAUCGGGGUAAUGAAUGGCGUGACCUCGUUAAACCAGGCAGCUAUCUUGAAUCAUCUCGGUCGACACGCGUUUAGCAAAAUGGGUAAACUCAAACUCGCGCAGUACUUGGCUGAUCUCGAAGAAAAGUACGGCAUGGUGUUGUACAUUGCAGACACAAAUGUCAAUUCGCCAUGGACGCAGACGUGUAUCACGCAAGCGGACUGUAUUCUUCUGGUAGGAUUGGCAGAAGGUUCAUCUGCUAUCGGCGAAUAUGAGCGGUUCUUGCUCGGAAUGAAGACAACUGCACGUAAAGAGCUUGUCUUGCUACAUGCCGAGCGGUACUGUCCAGCGGGACUGACUCGACGCUGGUUGAAGAAUCGGGUAUGGAUUAAUGGUGGCCACCACCACGUUCAAAUGUCGUAUCAUCUAACGACUGAACCCACACACCCGCGCACAAAACGGUUCGGAACGGCCUUGAAACAACGCGUGCAAGUCAUUCAAGCAGAAAUUCAGAAGUACACGUCUCGCCGGAUUCAUCAAACUCCAUUGUAUUCACAGCAAACUCCCUUCAAAGGUGAUUUCCAUCGCCUGGCGCGUCGACUAUGUGGAAAAUCAGUCGGACUGGUCCUCGGUGGUGGCGGUGCGCGCGGCAUCGCACACGUCGGCGUUAUCAAAGCCAUCGAAGAAGCCGGUAUCCCCAUCGACAUUGUCGGCGGCACAUCGAUCGGCUCGUUCAUCGGGGCUCUCUACGCCCGUGACGCAGACGUGGUACCCAUGUACGGCCGCGCCAAGAAGUUUGCUGGUCGAAUGGGCAGUAUCUGGCGUUUUGCGCUCGACGUAACCUACCCAGCUGUCUCAUACACAACGGGCCACGAAUUCAACCGGGGAAUCUUCAAGACCUUUGGCGAUAGCCAGAUUGAAGAUUUCUGGCUUGAAUUUUAUUGCAACACGACCAACAUCAGCAAAUCGCGCAACGAGUUCCAUUCUUCUGGUUACGUAUGGCGAUACGUACGUGCAUCAAUGUCUCUUGCCGGCUUACUACCACCCCUCUGCGACGAAGGCAGUCUGUUACUUGACGGUGGUUACGUCGACAAUCUAACAGUAGCACACAUGAAAUCUCUCGGCGCCGACAUCAUCCUGGCCGUCGACGUCGGCAGUCUCGACGACAACACACCGCAAGACUACGGCGACACCCUUUCCGGAUUCUGGACAUUUGUUAACCGCUGGAACCCCUUCUCGUCAACCCCCAACCCUAUAACCCUCAGCGAAAUCCAAGCCCGGCUAGCCUACGUUUCGUCCGUUGACAGUUUGGAAAGAGCAAAGAUCAUGCCGGGAUGUCUAUAUAUGAGGCCACCAAUUGACCCCUACGGGACACUGGAGUUUGGCAAGUUUGACGAGAUUUAUGAAGUGGGGUAUACGUAUGGGAAAAAGUUUUUGGAUAAGUUGAGGGCUGAGGGGACACUGCCGGUUAUGGAGGAGUCGACGGAGGAGAAGAAGCUGAGGAGAACUAUGGCGCCGAGGAGAGCGAGUAUUUAG